AUGAUUGAGAUCUUCUUAAGAGUAUAUAUUGACAUAGAGAGGGCCCGACACAGGCCCCCGCAGGAGCAUAGAGGGCCGUUGGCUCCGGGGGUCUGUGGGACGUCGGUCAUGGGCAAGCCCAAAGUGGAGCUGACCUACGACCGCAUGUACACGGUUACGAGCCAGCUCACUUUCACCGUGAGCAGGGAAGACGACGGAGUGCCUGUGGUCUGCAUCGUGGACCAUCCUGCGGUUAAAGACUUCCAGGCCCAGAGGCAUCUGGAAGUACAAUACAAGCCCGAAGUGAAGAUUGUGGUGGAGUUUCCUCAGGGCCUGACCAGAGAAGGAGAAAACCUGGAGCUCACAUGUCAGACCAAAGGCAAACCACAGCCUCAGAGAGUAAAGUGGGUGAAAGUGGAUGAUGAUGUCCCCUCCCACGCGGUCAUCACUGGAGGAGACCUGUACAUCGAGAACCUCAACAAGUCGUACAACGGGACGUACCGCUGCGUGGCCGCCAACGCCGUGGGCGAGGCCUACGACGACUACAUCCUCUAUGUUUACGAUGCCCCCACUACCACCCCCAUCCCCACCACCACCACCACCACCGCCAUGCCCACCACCUCCCCGCCCCUCCUGGAGAGCCACCCAGACACCUCGCCCAGCACUGAACCGGCGGCUCACGAUUCUCGAGCUGGAGAAGGCGCUCCCAGGACGGUGGACCACGCGGUGAUCGGAGGCGUGGUGGCAGUCGUUGUGUUUGCCAUGCUGUGCCUUCUCAUUGUUCUUGGACGGUACUUUGCAAGACACAAAGGCACGUACUUCACGCACGAAGCCAAAGGAGCAGACGAUGCCGCAGACGCUGACACGGCCAUCAUUAACGCAGAGGGCGGACACUCCAACUCGGACGACAAGAAAGAAUACUACAUUUGA